AUGUUGAAGGACAAGGUAAUUGUAUGGGAAGAAAAUUCUCAAAAGGGUAAGAGAUGGGUAAUGUCGGUGGAUGGGAUACACUGCUGGAUCAAUGAGCCCUCUCGUCCGAAGUGGAGUCAAGGUCCGCGCUACUACUCCCACAAAUACAACAAAGCCGGUCUCGACUAUGAAUUGGGAAUUUCGCUAGUCGACAAUCGGCUGUUGUGGAUCCGUGGUCCCUUUCCAGCGGAGACAAAUGAUAUUACUGUGCUGAGGGAAGAAGGGCUGCUUGCGGAACUCAAGCAACAAAAACAAUCCGCCAUUUGCGAUAAAGGCUACAAUGGUGAACCUAACCAUGUCAGUACAUGCAAUUUGCACGAUAAUGCUGGAGCCAAGCUCUUCAAGAGCCGAGCUCUCAAGGGACAUGAAAACUUUAACAAUUUGUUGAAGGAAAACAACAUUUUGGAUACCCGUUUCCGUCACAACAAAACAAGGUUCAGUGACGCGUUUGAAGCUCGAUGCGUUCUGGCACAAUAUCGCAUCCAAGGGGAGAUUUCACUCUACAAUAUUCUAAUCGAAGAUGUUGUAGAUAGAUAUAACGAAGAUAGACAAGAGUUCUAG